AUGAGGUCCAACAGGCCGGUAUCUCUUGCUCUGACCAUUCUCGCAACUCUGGACUUUCUGGCCCAGGGAGCUUUGGCAAUCGACUUCGCAUUCAACCAGCAGAGCCCCAAUGGCCAGCCACUUGUGUCAUCCUUCUUUGGCGUGCCUGGAACAAAUGCCACGUUCGAUUAUGUCAUCAUUGGCGGUGGUACGGGAGGACUCGCCAUCGCCACGCGCCUCGCACAGGCAAACCUUAGUGUGGCUGUCGUCGAAGCUGGGGGCUUCUACGAACAAGAUAACAGCAAUUUGAGCGUUGUUCCAGGCUAUGCAACCUACUUUACAGGGUCAGAUUACGACAAUUUCCAACCUCUGAUCGACUGGGGCAUUUCCACGACGGUCCAAGCUGCACCGAUCAACAGGCGUCUUCACUAUGCCAGAGGCAAGACGUUAGGAGGUUCUUCAGCUCGGAACUACUUCCUCUACCAACGGCCGACCAUCCAAAGUCUGGAGCAAUGGUCAUCGCUCGUCGGUGACGAUAGUUGGAAUUUCGCAAACUUGCUACCAUACUUCAAGCAGUCCGUUGACUUCACACCACCCAAUGCCACUCUUUACGCCAACUCCAGCAAUCCGCAGAACCUCAGCUCCUUCACGCCUAAUGGUGGGCCUGUGCAAGUCUCGUUCUCGCGCGCCGUUGAUCCUUUUGGCACUUGGGCAAGGCUGGCCUUUAUCAAUGCCAGCAUGCCACAGAUCGAUGGCCUCAGCAGUGGCAGGCUGCUUGGUUCUGCUUAUGCUGGCUUGACAAUCGACCCGAAUAACGGGCAGCGCUCUAGUUCUGAGUCUUCUUUCUUGCAGUCUGCACUCAACGCUCACAAGGCGCCGAUUGUGUACAAGAAUACGUUGGCCUCCAAGAUCUUGUUCAACGGGACGACCGCAACCGGCAUCUCAGCCAUCGCAGCUGGGACCUUUGGCACACCGUCUGUGAAUUUCACAUUAACGGCAAGGAAGGAGGUCAUACUCAGCGCCGGUGCGUUCCAAAGUCCCCAACUGCUCAUGCUCUCCGGUAUUGGAAACUGCAGUUACCUGGCGACCUUCAAGCUACCGUGCCUCGCGAAUUUGCCCGGCGUGGGACAAAACAUGUGGGAUCACCCGAUCUUCGGCUCUGCACACGCUGUGAACGUCAACACAGCUUCCGCUGGUGCAAACAACGCCACCGUUGCUCGCCAGCUUGUUCAGACUUACUUGAACACCGGCGGGGGACCUCUGAGCAUUUUUGGUCCUGGGUAUUACGGAUGGGAGAAGUUGCCAGAGCCUUAUCGGUCCGGAUUGAGUAACGCGAGCAAAAAAGCCUUGGAGGCCUUCCCACCUGACUGGCCUGAGAUCGAGUGGCUUCCUGUCUCGGCGUACAACGGUUACAACCUGAACAAGCAGACAGCAGACCCAAGGGAUGGGAACAACUACGCUACACUGAACGCUGCUCUGGUUGCGCCUCUGUCCAGAGGCACUGUAAAGCUCGCAAGCGCUUCCGCCCUGGACUUGCCGAUCAUCGAUCCAGCCUGGCUUACGCAUCAGGCGGACAGGGAAAUAGCUGUCCAGUCUUUCAAGCGUCAACGCGAGAUCUGGGCUAUCCUCGUAAAGCUGGGAGUGGCGCAUCCUGAAGAAGCGUUCCCGGGGCCAUCUGUGCAGACCGACGAAGAGAUUCUGACUUGGAUCGGUGAGAGCUUGACGACUGUCUACCACGCUGCUGGGACGGCUAAGAUGGGGUUGAGAAACGACUCUCUUGCGGUUGUGGAUCACGAUGCGAAGGUCUUUGGCAUCCACAACUUGAGGGUCGUAGAUGCGUCCGCGUUCCCUAUUCUACCGCCGGGGCAUCCGCAGAGUACGGUGUAUGCGUUUAGCGAGAAGAUUGCUCAGCAGAUCAUAGACAAGAAGUAA